AUGACGGCCGCUACGUCACAAUCGACUCCGGCUGUGCCGCCGCGCCCCUCGAGAUCCUCUGUCAAGGAGAACGCCCCCAAGAUCCCCCCGAGACCCGCCAAGAGGGUCGCCGAACGCUCCAUCUCCCCCAAUGCCGAUCGCUUCGCCCCCUCGCCCCUGAACGAGGGCAUCAUCGCCAAGGGCAUCUCUAAGCCCCCCGCCCUCAGCCCGGGCUUGCCCCGUGGCGACAAUGGAGACCCCAUCGUCCGUUCCACCAGCGUGCCCAUGCCCUCUGUCGGCGAGGAGGGCAUGGAGUAUGGCGCCCUCGACGCCGAACGGCCCGAGGGCAGCGCCAGCAGCGUCAACGACGGCAACGGAGACAAGGACAAGCGGGGCGAAGACGGGGACGAUGACGAGGUCCAGGGCUCCGCCGAGUCGCCCGAGCAGACGCGCACCAUCGCCCAGGACCUCAAGCUCCACGCCCCCAAGCCGUCCCUACCCGCCACCAGCGCAAAGCAGAGGCUCGCCAGCGUCACACGCACCGACACCAACAGCGCCGCCGCCUUUGGCAUCGGCCACACCGCCCAGUCUUCGGAGCACGCCGCCUCAUCCGGCGACAGUAUCGAGAAGACGAGGCCCAGCACCAGCUUUUCCGCCGUCAGCGACAAUGGCCAGCAGUCCACCGACGAGGACCACGGCAUCCCCACCAUCGGCCAGCGCGUACCCAUGAACCCGCACCUCGGCGAUGUCCAGGCCCCAUCUCCGAGCCCCGAGGGCCGCGAGAAGCACCACGCGCGCAAGCACAGCUCCCACAGCGUGCCCCCGGGAAGCUACGGUCUCCACGGCCACGGCGUCGCCCCCCAGGAUAGGCUCGAGAAGGCCUACUACGAGAAGCACCCCGAACUUCUCAAGGAUGAGCACGUGCCCCUCCACGACCGCCAAAACGACUACGCCAUGAGCAGCAGCGACCUCAACAAGCUCGUCAGAGAUACCAAGAGCCGCGGUGCUGGCUACGGCACCACCCCCGAGCUCCACGGUACCCCGACCGACGAGGCUGCCUUCCAGGCAAGUGAGGAGUACGCUCGCAAGACUCACCCGGUGACUACACCUCAGAACGGACCUUCAUCGCUUGACAAGGGAGAACCCGCCGAUCGGACCCCGACCCCGUCUAUUGUGGAACCUGGCGAGGACGUAAUCCAUGUCGAUGACCCCGAGCACUCCGAAUACCGCUCGUACGGAAGCGAGCACGUUGCCGGAAAUGAAGGCGAGGGCGAGUACGAGGCUCCCAUUCUGGCGCCUGACGAGGUCGAGAAGGACCCCGACGCUCACCUGCGCCACCCGGCCGUCCAGACGGGAUUGGAGCGCCGCGGCAGCGCCUACGACUCGGAGGACGCAUCCAGCCGACCAGUUAGCCGCCCGGCGAGCGUGCAGAUCAACCUCCAGCCCGAGAUCCGCUACACCCCGAUGGAGGACGUCGACGAGUACGAGCCCCUGUUCACCGAGGACUCCAACAAGGAGCAGCAGCGCGCCGAGUCGGCCGACGAGAACAAGAACCACAACCACUUCCCCAGCAAGGACAUAUGGGAGGACGCCCCCAGCAGCACGCACCACACCGCCACGGUGUCUACUCCCGACCUGCCCGAGACGACCAGGAGGCGCUCGUCUGGACACAAUGGCGAGCAGCGUCCCAUAACGCCAGCCCACGCCUUCGCCCAGCACCAGGAGGAGCUGGCCGAGAUGGACGCCAAGAGCCGCCCCGCCCCGACCUUCCUCCCCCUGUCCGAGAAGCCUACCAAAGCUACAUGGGCUGACCAGCAGUCGCACGUCGAGCCGCAGCGUCCAUCGGCCGGACCUCGCUUCCCCAGCAGGGACCUCUGGGAGGACGUGCCGGAGAGCCAGCUCCAUCAGGCCAUCGUUCAGACCCCCGAGGGAGAGAAGAAGCCCGAGGUGCCGUCGCGGCCGACGGCCAAGAAGACGCCGUCGUCCGAAGGAGCUUCGGAACGUGCCGCCCCCGCCAUCCCCACGCGUCCCAAACCCAAGCCCCCCGUGGCUGACCGCCCCAAGCCGCAGAUCCCCGUGCGCCCCGCAAAGGAGAAGCCCCCGUUGCCCAGCCGCCCUGUCGGAGGCAAGAUCGCUGCCCUCCAGGCCGGCUUCAUGAGCGACCUCAACAGGCGUCUCCAGGGUGGACCCCCGGCCCCCAAGAAGGAGGAGAAGUCGGCUGAGUCGCCCGACAAGGAGACCCCCCCGCAGGAGAAGAAGCCCCUGUCCGACGCCAGGAAGGGCCGUGCCCGUGGUCCCCAGCGUCGUGCCCCGGCUAAGGGUCCCGCCCCUCCUGCUGCUGCUGCUGCUGCUGCUCCGGUCGUCCUCACCCUUUCCACCCCACAGCGUCUCUGGUCCAUCGAUCCCGAGAUUGGCAGCGUGGCUGUGGACGGCGAGGACGUGGUCGAAGAGAAGGAGCCUGUCCCUGCGCCUGUCCCUGCCAUAUCUCCUGUCAAGCCGGCGUCUCCGGUGGAGCAAUCCCCUGUCAAGGAGUCUCCCGCCGAGGAGGAAGAACCCGGCGUCAAGGAAGAAGGAUCGCCUGUACCUGAAAAGGAGGAGUACCCUACCAAGGAGGAAACGACGGCAUUGGCAGACACCAAAUCGGAAUCCAGAUCGGAAGAGCCGGCUCAUACGAACGAGGACGAGGGCGAAAAUGAACGAAAAGAAGAGGAAGAUAAAGAAGACGAUUCAGAAGAAGAGGAGAAGCGAGCAGCCCCAAAGAGGGAAGAGGAGACUCUUGUGGCCAACGCGGCAGGUGAGAGUGUCCUUGAGGCCACUGUGGAUAAGAAGGGUGAUGUGGUUGAGCCUGUAGAUGUGGACGAUGCGGUUAAGCCGUAG